CCGGAUGAGAAGUCGAGGAGAGGACAAGGCUGGCCCUGAACCUGGGCAGCAGCACCAGCAGCAAAAAUGUCAAGUUCGGUUGGAAUAGUUGCUGGACUUUUCAGAAGUUGGCACAGGUGGGUCUCAAAUGAGUGCCAACCUGAAUCCUCCCCUGGCACCUCCCCAUUCGCCAGCACCUACCUCCUGGGUCCCUCUCCUCCCCCCUCCAGGCUCAGGCAUCCCCAAAGGCAGGUCAUCAUGGCCACGGGAGAACCCCCAAAAGCCCACAAGGACGAGGAGGGAGGGCAGCUUCUGCUUCUGGACAAGACCCGGCAGCCGUGGCCAAAAACCCGGAGGAGGGUCAAAGGUUGCCUGGAGUGCGUCAAGCGGCAGCUCUUCCGCGUGGGAGAUGACUGGUACUUCCUCUUCGCCUUGGGGGUCCUCAUGGCCCUGGUCAGCUUCACCAUGGACUUCACGGUUGCCAAAAUGGCCAAUGCCCAUGCCUGGCUUUACCAAGAGGUGGGCAAUUACUCGCUCCUGAAAUACCUCUCCUGGACCACGUACCCCAUGGCUCUCUCGGCUUUCUCCACCGGAUUCGCCCAGAGCAUCACCCCUCACUCCGCAGGUUCAGGCAUCCCUGAGCUGAAGACCAUCCUCUCUGGGGUGAUGCUGGAGGAGUACCUGGCCAUCGAGAACUUUGGGGCCAAAGUGGUGGGGCUGACCUGCACCUUGGCCUGCGGGAGCACCAUCUUCCUUGGGAAAGUCGGCCCUUUUGUCCACCUCUCCAGCAUGCUGGCCGCCUACCUGGGCAAGGCUCGGACCAAUGUCUCAGGGGGGUACGAGAAUAAAAGCAAGCAGAACGAGAUGCUGGUGGCCGGUGCAGCUGUUGGUGUGGCAACAGUCUUUGGGGCUCCCAUCAGUGGAGUCCUCUUCAGCAUCGAGGUUGUGUCCUCCCACUUUGCGGUCCGCGACUACUGGAGGGGCUUCUUUUCUGCCACCUGCGGAGCCUUCAUGUUCCGACUGCUGGCCGUCUUCAACAGCGAGCAAGAAACCAUCAUGGCCAUCUUCAAGACCAGCUUCCAGAUUGACCUUCCCUUUGACUUGCCGGAGACCUUCUUCUUCAUGUUCCUUGGGGCCGUCUGUGGGGUGGUGAGCUGUGCCUACCUCUUCUGCCAACGCUGGCUUUUGGGCUACAUCCGGAGGAACUCGUUCACAGCCGUACUCCUUGCCACAGAGAAGCCGCUUUACUCGGCUCUGGUGGCCCUCCUGCUCUCCUCCAUGACCUUCCCACUCAGCCUGGGCCAGUUCAUGGCCUCCAGGCUGACCAUGAAGGAGCUCCUCACUUCCCUCCUGGACAACCACACCUGGGGGGUCCUUUCCCAGAAUGCAUCGCUGGCCAGGCCUCUUCACGUUGACCCCUCCAACCUCUGGCUCGAAUGGUGGGACCCAAACAUCACCAUCUUUGGCACGCUGGUGGUCUUUCUGGUGAUGAAGUUCUGGAUGUUGACCCUGGCCACCACCAUGCCCAUGCCUGCUGGGUAUUUCAUGCCUGUCUUCAUUUAUGGAGCUGCCAUCGGACGCCUGGUCGGGGAAGUGGUUGCCUUUCUUUUUCCUCAGGGGAUCCUGUCCGAAGGGCUGGUCAGCCCCAUCACACCUGGCGCCUAUGCCUUGGCAGGGGCAGCUGCCUUCUCCGGGGCAGUCACCCACUCACUCUCCACGGCUUUGCUGGCCUUUGAGAUGACUGGGCAGAUCUCCCACAUCCUACCGGUCAUCCUGGCUGUCCUAGUGGCCAAUGCCAUUGCCCAGAAGCUCCAGCCCUCCUUUUACGACGGCACCAUCAUUGUCAAGAAGCUGCCCUACCUGCCUCGCAUCCGGAGCAGGCACAUCGGCUCCUACAAGGUUACUACGCAGGAAUUUAUGAACACAGAUUUUGUCACUCUGCCAAGGGAUGCCACCUUCCAGGAGAUCCUUGGAGUGGUCACUUCGACGGAUGACCCCGAGUACCCGGUGGUCGACAGCACUGAGACCUUGAUGCUUCUGGGGGUUGUCCAGAGAUCCGAACUUGUCAAGUUCCUCCAGACCCACGACAUGGCUGGCCGGCCCCACAAAGAGGGCCAGGACGAGCCUCCCUCUUGCCAGACGCUGGGCGAGGGAUGCACCUUCAGCCCUGUCACCCUGCAGCUCUCUCCAUGGACGUCCCUCCACCAGGCUCACAACCUCUUUGAGCUGCUCAACCUCCAGUGGGCCUUUGUCACCCAGCUGGGAAGAGUAGUUGGGGUGGUCUCCAGGACAGAGCUCAGGAAAGCCAUCGAAGAUCUGGCCAAUCCAAAACCCACAAAGUAGGAAAAGGGCAAAAUGGAUGGAUGGAUAAACGGACGGAGGGAGACCCUCCUUGCAGAUGCCAAAUAGCAGUUCCCAAAAUGCCAGGGGGCAAAGACUCUGGGGGGCACAAUGGGUCACUGGCCCCCCGGUCUGGAUUCCUGACCAAAUCCCCUCUCUCAGACCACAACAAAAGAGAGGGAAGGGAGCGCUCGCUCUGCCUUGCUCCCUUUUUAAAAAACUGUAUUAUUUUUAAAAUCAUUUACUAAAAGGCAACCCUGAAAUACAA